GAUGUUUAUAAACAGCUUCGACACACCAUACGAGGUGCAGGCGUUACUGAAGCUCAUUUGGAAUAUCAUUUCUCACUUUCUUUCUCUCUCUUUGUGUGUCUCUCUCUUACCAUCUCCACAUGACUGACUGAUAAACCAUUGGUCUGAUGCCCAGGUAUAACGCCUUGUUGUUCUGGUUCUCCGUUUGAGGGAUGUCCUGGUUCUUUGAGCUGCAUGUUCUGCUUCUCUUUUCCUGACAGUUUUCUUAUUGUCAGCGACUGCAAAUUUCAAGAAAAAUUCCAAUCCUCAAUGGUCUCGACUUUUUUUUUUUUGGCUCACAAAAGAAAGUCUAGCUCAAAUCAACAGUAUAACUUUUUUUUUUUUUUUUUUUUUUUGGGGCUAUUGCAACCAUAUAAAAUUGAUUUUUAUAAAUAACCCAGUUUAUGUAUUCUCAUCUCCAGUAAAAUGAACUUCCUUUAAUUCUAAGUUUUUAUUUCAGUUUUUACAGAUUCAUAAAGAUCACCAAACUUUCUACCUGAUAUAGCAAUUUGAUCUGUUUUUCACUUUUAAUUGUCACUUCAAAACUCCCCAAGAAAUGUCUGAAUCCGACCCAAAUAAAACUUGCAUAUCUCCAUCCUCAUCAUCAUCGUGGUCAUUGUCAACAAGAAAGCUUCCUGAUUUUAAACAAUCUGUGAAGCUGAAAUAUGUAAAGCUUGGGUACCAUUACCUUGUCACCCAUGGAAUGUAUCUUUUCCUAUCACCUAUGGUUGUUCUUGUGGCUGCACAGAUAUCUACAUUCUCACUUCAAGAUUUCCAUGGCCUUUGGAACAAUCUGGAAUUCAAUCUCAUAUCCGUUAUCCUUUUCUCUACGCUUUCCGUCUUCUUGUCGACCUUUUACUUCCUUACUCGACCCCGUCCUGUUUACCUCGUCGAUUUCUCUUGUUAUAAGCCUGAAGAUGCUUGGAAAUGCACGAGGCAGAUGUUCGUGGAUAGGUCCCGUAUAACAAGGAUGUUCACUGAUGAAAACCUCGAGUUCCAAAGGAAAAUUCUUGAGAAAUCAGGAAUUGGGGAAUCCACUUAUCUACCAGAAGCCAUUUUAAGAGUCUCUUCUAAUCCAUGUAUGGCAGAGGCUAGGAAAGAAGCUGAGAUGGUAAUGUUUGGUGCAAUUGACAAGCUGUUUGAAAAAACGUCAGUGAAUCCAAAAGACAUUGGGAUUUUGAUUGUAAAUUGUAGCUUGUUUAAUCCAACUCCAUCUUUGUCUGCUAUGGUAAUCAAUCAUUACAAGCUUAGGGGAAAUAUUGUGAGCUAUAAUUUAGGUGGAAUGGGAUGUAGUGCUGGUUUAAUCUCUGCUGAUCUUGCCAAAGAUCUUCUUCAAGUCUACCCAAAUUCAUAUGCAUUGGUAAUUAGCAUGGAAAAUAUCACGUUGAAUUGGUACUUUGGGAAUAAUAGAUCAAUGCUUGUUUCAAAUUGCUUGUUUAGGAUGGGAGGGGCUGCAGUUUUGCUGUCUAACAAAUCGUCUGACAGAAACCGAUCCAAGUACCGAUUAGUCCAUACUGUUCGAACUCACAAAGGCAGCGAUGACAAGUGCUUCCGUUGUGUAACACAGCAAGAGGAUGAAGCAGGGAAGAUUGGAGUGUCUCUGUCAAAGGAUCUUAUGGCAGUAGCUGGGGAUGCAUUGAAGACCAACAUCACGACUCUCGGUCCUCUUGUCUUGCCAAUGUCCGAACAAUUACUCUUUCUUGCGACAUUGAUUGGCAGGAAACUAUUUAAGAUGAAGGUGAAGCCUUACAUCCCAGAUUUCAAAUUGGCUUUUGAGCAUUUCUGUAUUCAUGCUGGAGGAAGAGCUGUGUUGGAUGAAUUGGAGAAGAAUUUGCAGCUUUCUGGCUGGCAUAUGGAACCUUCAAGGAUGACACUCUACAGGUUUGGCAACACUUCUAGCAGCUCCCUCUGGUAUGAAUUGGCUUAUACAGAAGCCAAAGGGAGAAUGAAGAAGGGAGACAGAAUAUGGCAGAUUGCAUUUGGUUCCGGGUUCAAGUGUAAUAGCGCAGUUUGGAAGGCUCUAAGGACCGUAAAUCCCGAGAAGGAGAAGAAUCCAUGGAUGGAUGAGAUUCACCAGUUCCCAGUAAAUGUUCCCAAGGUUUCGGCCAUCUCACCUUAAUUUCUAUGGUGGCUUGAACAAGACUGUUCUAGCAAGUCUUGCCAGGAAGUGCUGGUGGAGUUUGGUCUGUGUUCUUUUUGUUUUGUUUUGUUUUGUUUGUUUUUUAUUUUUUUUUUAUUUUUUGGUAAGGGGCGGGGGGUGUGUGGUCUUUUAAGAGUCAAAUGCUAUAUAAGAAACUUGGUUUGUAGUUCUUUCCCGCAUGUGCAUUAAAUUGUGGUAUUUAGUUAGACCAUGGACUCUAGAAUUGUCAAAUAAUUGUGUAAUAUAUACAGUUGGAUGUUGUAAUAAUAUAGUUUAACAAGUGGGAGAAA